AUGUCGAAACAAGCAUCUACUGGGGCAUCACCUUUUCAACAAAAUAUACAAGUCAACAUACAAAAGGCCCGAGAGCGUCAGCAAAAAUAUUAUAACAAAAAUCGUAAGGAAAGACAACACGUCAAAGUUGGAGACGUAGUGAAUAAAAUCAAACCAAAGGAAACAUGGAAGCUUCUAAACGCAAGGUUCACAGGUCUUUGGUCUAUUAAGAAGAUAACAUAUGACAAGGGAGCCAGUUGCCAAAUUGACGAUCUACACAAAUUAUACUAUAUUUGCGAUGUAGUCCGAACUGGGCCUACAGGCAGUUCCGCGAGCUCUGGAGUAGGAGCCAGUGGAAACUACCUCUUUAACACUCAAUUUACAUUGUAUUACGAUAAACAACAUUAA